AUUGCAUAUUUGCAUAUGUUUUGGCCUCUGUUAAUGGGAAUUGAAUCGAUUGAUUAAUUGAAUUGCAUUUGCAUCUGUUUUGGCCUCUGUGAAUGGUUGUUGAAUGUUGAAUACUGUUUUUGUUUAUAUAAUUACAUGAUUUCUUCUGGUCAGCCAGUCAAUGAGUACAUUGACGCAGCUGUGAGACAUGUUCUCCUUAGGCAGGGUGUUCAUUAAGGUCAAGAUCAUGCUUGACUGGGAUCCCAAUGGCAAGCAAGGACCCAUGACUCCUCUACCUGAUCUUGUUACAAUCCACCAACCAAAGGAUGAUGAAUUGAUCAGUUUGUCAGGCGGGCACCAGAAAUUGAAGCAGCACCUAUUUUGGUCCCAACUGAUGUUGUUCUUUUCAUGUUUCCAGGAGGAUGCUGUGAAACAACUACAAAGUCUGCAGAAAGAAAUUCAGGAUUCAAUGAAUGAGCUUGAGGAGAUGAGACCUCUGUAUGAGAAUCAAGUCAUGAGGGAAAAGGAGAUGACAAAGGGUUAUGUGUUAUCUACACAUGCUCUAUCAAGUCCAUUCCAACGUCACUCUAUUUGGUGCAAUACAAUUACAAAAGAGAAGGCAGGCUUGAAUGAAUCGCAGUGGAUAGUAAGUAGAGGGGUGAGUGAGUGAGGCAAUGAGACUCGUUGGUUCUUUUUGGUCUCGUCAGACUCUUUGGUUGAUAGCCAGCCAACCAAACCGUGCAUCCCCAGUUUCCCAGUUCUUGUGGAAUUCUCAGUGAGGUAAUGUUCCUUUGCAGAUUCUUAUUUAUCAUUCUACUGAAUGUGCGAUAAUCAGGGCUGUGGCAUGGGAGGAUUCUCAACUAUCAUACCCAAUGGGGAUAUCACCACUAAUUGCACUGGUUGAACUUCUCGGAAGAGAUUUUUGGAAAUAUACACAUGCUUGUAAUGUACGUUGGAAAAUUAAUGUUUGUAGUUGA